CCCGAGUAUAAGGUUAAAUUCACAGAAAUUACUCUAAAUGAAUAACACUUCAACAAUAAACGAUGUUUUGCUACUCUAUGCGUGCACCAUCUUUGCCAAAUGACUAAACAUGAUUAGAAAAACACAAAUAUGUUAGAUAUGCAAAAGUGAAACGAUUUAAAUUGGCAGUGAUGGGAAAUUACGCCCGACUCAGUCGCAUUUUUAGUGUGAUGUGUAAUGUAAUGUUGAAAAUUUGGGCAUAUUCAGGCCUUGUGUUGCUGCUGUGCUUUCUCUUGUAUUAUUUGUACGGUGGUACGGUCGCCGCCCUCCUGCUCUUAUUUGCUGCAGCAGGCAUUUUAUAUCAUGCAGAGGACUACUUCCUUUACUAUCCAGAGUUACCAAGUCACUCAAGGGUGUUCAUACCAGUGCCGUCCAUGUACAAUAUGCCCUAUGAGCAAGUUCAAAUUAAGUCAAUUGAUGGAACUCAAAUAGAGAUGUUUUUCAUCCAUCAGCCUAGAGAUAGACAGCAACAUUCACCUACAAUUGUCUUCUUUCAUGGCAAUGCUGGAAAUAUUGGGCAUAGACUACAAAACUGUGUAGGACUAUAUCAUAAUUUACAUUGCAAUAUAUUGCUGGUAGAAUACAGGGGCUAUGGAUUGUCAGAAGGAAAUCCAAGUGAAGAAGGCUUGUACAUGGAUGCUAGAGCAGCAAUUGAUUAUUUAUACACAAGGACAGAUAUAAAUCACAAUGAGAUUAUUGUAUUUGGGCGUUCAUUAGGUGGAGCUGUUGCAAUUGAUUUAGCUAGCAGAGUAGAAUACAGUGAAAAGAUAUGGUGUCUUGUUGUUGAAAAUACAUUCACCAGUAUUCCAGACAUGGCUAAGGUGUUGCUACAAUGGAGGCUUUUAAAUUAUCUGCCUUUAUUGUGCUAUAAAAACAAGUUCUCCUCAUUGUACAAAGUACUGCACUUGAGAGUACCAUCAUUAUUUAUAUCCGGUCUCGCCGAUAUGCUAGUCCCCCCACGCAUGAUGACCGACCUCCAUAGCCGAUGCGGCAGCACCCGCAAGCAACUCCUCCAGCUCCCGUCUGGUACCCACAACGAGACGUGGACACUACAAGGCUAUUAUCACUCGUUGGCGGUGUUCCUGCAAAACUGUCGCCUGCACAAGUUAGAACACGGCGUAUCGUCUGGUAGCGCCCCAAACACUGAUGCUUUAAUGGACACGUGGCGCAAUAUAAAAACAAUUUGAAUUCUUCGAUAUAAAGGAUUCUCGUAUAAUUCGGACUUUAAAAUCAGCACAGUAGACAGCAAAUCAACGCAUUGCAUUAAGUGCCAUUUAUCUAUUGGCACGAUAUAAGUUUAGUGAUGGCACACGGUUUGAAGUGUAAACAAAAAGAACCAAGUGAACGUGCGUCUCGCUAAUCUGACCCCAAACCAAAUCAAAAAAUGUGUUAACUAACUUCACUCGUUUUCGUCGCUAAGACGAUCAAUUACGUACAACAAUACUAUCGAUCAUGCUAUUGCAAAAUAAAAACGAGGCUGUGAAUAA